GUUGGCAGGCAGAGUCCAAGGGUGGUGCCAUACCCAGCUUGCAGUCUAUGUCCUGGAGAACCUGGCCUUCAGAGUGCAGCAGUUGUGUCAAUGGGCUCAGCUGAUCAUCGACUGAACCUAGCAGAGAUCCUUUCACAGAACUAUGGUGUACGGGAAGGAAGGGAAGAAGAAGAUGAUACUCAGGAGAAGCAGAAAUCUUUAGAAGAGCUGGAGAAGAAUUUCAGUGCCUCUCAGAGCAGUGAAAUGCCAUUUGAGGAGCUGCUUGCACUUUACGGCUAUGAGGCAUCUGAUCCCAUCUCGGAGCAGGACAGUGAGAGCAAUGAUAUUACUCCAAAUCUCCCAGAUAUGACUCUGGAUAAGGAACAAAUAGCGAAGGAUUUGCUUUCAGGGGAAGAAGAGGAGGAGACGCAGUCUUCAGCUGAUGAUCUGACUCCAUCCGUCACAUCCCACGAUGCAUCGGACCUAUUCCCAAACCAGCCUGGCUCAAACAACUUCCUUGUUGAUGAAGACAAAGAGCCCUGUUCAUCUCCAUGUGCUUCCUCCAUGGCUGAGGAUUCAGAGGAGGAUUCCAUCCCAUCCAACGAGUGUAAGAAGGAGAUCAUGGUUGGACCUCAGUACCAAGCCACUGUUCCCAUCCUCCACUUCAGCAGACACGGUGAAAAAGCCUAUGAGAAUGAAGAUCAGCUGCUUUGGGACCCAAACAUACUCCCUGAGAAAGAGGUUGAAGAGUUCCUAUACCGUGCAGUGAAGCGGCGAUGGGAUGAGCUGUCUAGCAGCAGCCUGCCAGAAGGAGAGAUGGUGAAGGACAAUGAACAGGCUUUGUAUGAACUGGUUAAAUGCAACUUCAAUGCAGAAGAGGCACUGCGGAGGUUACGGUUCAAUGUGAAGGUUAUCAGAGAUGAGCUUUGUGCCUGGAGUGAGGAAGAAUGUAGAAAUUUUGAACAUGGCUUCAGGGUCCAUGGGAAAAACUUUCAUCUUAUCCAAGCAAACAAGGUCCGCACCCGGUCAGUGGGCGAGUGUGUGGAGUAUUACUACAUGUGGAAAAAAUCAGAGCGCUAUGACUACUUCACUCAGCAGACUCGUUUAGGAAGGAAGAAGUACGUCCUCCACCCUGGAGUCACGGAUUACACCGACAAUGACUUGGAUGGGGGUGAAGUAGAAAACGCCAGUCGUUCUCAGAGCUCCCCACCAAUUCCCUCUGCAACUAACUGCCUGGAUUCUCACUUCAGUCAAGAUCAGAUAGCAAUAGAGAGUACAGAGCCCCUCAGCGUGGAGAGCGCAGCCUGCAGCCUGGGCAGCAUGAGUGAAUCGGGGCAGGGCUAUGAGUGCAGUACUCCUUCGGAGACGAAUUGUUCCUUCGACCCCACAGAGGAGUCAUCCUCAGGCGCCAUCUCAGCUUCCCGCACACAACACACUGUCAGCCCCUCAGAAUCGGGGCUCUAUGCUUUGCCGCCAGCUGGACCAGGACUAGCAGAGAAGCAGGAGACGUUGCAGAGCUCUGGUGAGACGAUAACCAUGGACUUCACUCUCCCUGCAGACAUUAAUGAGGGUUUGCCUUUAAUUGCUGGCCCUGUGGAUUUGGACAGAGACCCAGAGGCAGUGGUGGCCCCUGCGCAAGUGUCCUUAUCGGUCACAGAUUUUGGCCUCAUUGGCAUCGGAGAUGUAAAUAGUUUUCUGACGGCUCAUCAGGCUUGCCCAGCACCUGUGGCUCGGUCAGAGCCCUUGUCACAGUGA